AUGACUAUCCAGCCAAUCAAUGACCAGCAGUUCGUGAUGGACCACGGGCCUUGGCAUCAAUUUUCUGGAGCUGCGUCUCACAGUUUUUCUUUCUCUCGAUUUACUCUUUCAGCUGCACUCGCCUGGUUUGCAGAUAUGUUGUCCAGGCCAAGUACAUCCAGCGCUAACAGCUCAAAUGCGCGAAAACUGCUGCGUUCCCGAGUUUCUCGUCUUUCAGGAACACAAUCAUGCCGCGGAGCUGCGAGCCUGAUUGCGCCACGACAGAAACAAAGCAGUCAACAGUCCCGAUCUUCCUUGUCUCCUUCGAACCCGCGAAUUAGCCCGGCAUACAUUCCCCAGACCAUCACACCGCAAUGGGUGUCCGGACAAAGGCACUCCUCGACUACACAACCUGCAGAAUCCCAAGCGACCGACUCCUCAGAACUCCGCACGGUCGACCAGAUCAAUGACCUGAUUGAGCUCAUCAGUGAUAAUGAAGACGCGAUGGCGCAAACAAUGGAUGAAUUAGACUUGUUGGCGGGUCGAGACGAGCACACGCUAGAAACAUGGGUGCACACUGUACGGAAACAGUUUGGCGACGCGGUACCGCAAGGAGUCUUGGCUGAGGAUGAGAUUCGACUCUACACCAGUCUUUACGGAGAGCCAAUCAUUCAAGAAACAUUCGAUGUCGAGGAAGCGGUUGAAGAAGACGAAAACGAGACCGACCGCCUAUUCCGUGAGGAUGGAGAAGGAAACUGGGAGGAGGUCGAAUAUAAAGAAGAUGCAGAAGCUGAGGAUGAUAUUCCCGUGGUCUACGACAUGGAGGUCGGCCCGGAAGAAAUAGAGACAAUCGCUAUGCAACGAACCCGAGAAGUGGCCGAGCAACUGGGUGGCGAGAUCAUGUUAGAACAGUUCGAGAAUGAAGCUGUCCCAGACGCCGUGCCGAGGACGCACCCUUUGACGAGCGAGGGUAAAUUCCAGACUGAUCCUAGCACCGUUCAUCUACCGAAGAACACUAUGAUUGGUCCCAUCUCAGUCAUUCUGUCAGAGUUCUCCAACAAGCAUAUUGCAGAAGCUGCCCAUCGCUUGUUUGGCGGACCGGGUCUUCCUCACUCUACGACAACUCCUCCUCCACGAGCACAGUUGCCGCAACUUCCAAUUCCCCUCCACUCUGGACAGCAUCACAUGGCAAAUAUGGAGGCAAAUGCAUACCUUGCGGUAUUGUACCCCGGUAUCUACGCAACCACACUUAGUGUUCUAGUUGAGGUGCGGAAGCGCCUGGGAACAGAUUGGAUUCGCAACAUGCUUUCACAAGAAGGUGGUCCAAAUGUCCUUGAUGCCGGCGGUGGCGGUGCUGGCAUAUUGGCCUGGAGAGACGUUUUGCGCGCGGAAUAUGAGACGAUGGUCCCCGAUCAUCCCGAAGGCGCACCUAUUCCAUACGGUCGCUCAACCGUUCUGACUGGUUCAGAGACUCUCCGUCUCCGCGCUAGCGCCAUGCUUGACAACACUACAUUUCUUCCUCGGUUACCGGACUAUGUGCAUGUCCGCGAGAAACCGACCUUAGAUGACUCUCGUGCAGCUCCCAAGCGCAAGCAAUACGAUGUCAUCAUUGCGCCACAUUCUCUUCUUGGAAUUGAGGAAGAAUACGAGCGCAAGGAGUACGUGGAGAACCUUUGGUCACUUCUGAAUCCCGAUGGAGGAGUUCUUAUCCUUCUUGAGAAAGGACGUCAAAAGGGAUUUGAGGCUAUUGCCGGAGCCCGUGAGAUGCUUCUUAGACGUCAUAUUGCCAGUCCCGGUUCAACGGAGUACAAUAACCCCCUCGAGUCUCCGGAUAGCAGCGAAACCGUGACCAAGGAGACAGGCAUGAUCAUUGCUCCUUGCACUAACCACUCAACCUGCCCUAUGCACAAUCCAGCAGGACCUACCAAAGGCCGUAAGGAUUACUGUCAUUUCGAGCAGAGAUACAUCCGCCCAGCAUUCCUGCAGCGUAUCAUGGGAGCCAAAGACCGCAAUCAUGAGGACAUCAAGUUUAGUUACCUUGCUGUGCAACGUGGUGUGGAUGUACGUCAGGAGCGUGGCAUUCAGCAAACCGCCGAAGCAGUAGAUGCUGCAUUUGAAGGAUUUGAAGACAUGGAUGAAGCUUCACAAUUCCAUCCUCUUGCUUUACCGCGUGCUGUCUACCCGCCUCUCAAGCGUCGUGGCCAUGUUAUUUUCGACCUUUGCACACCAGCUGGCAAAAUUGAACGCUGGACAGUGCCGCGUUCGUACAGUCGACAGGCAUACCGUGACGCUCGCAAGUCAAACUGGGGUGAUCUCUGGGCUUUGGGCGCUAAGACUCGUAUUCCCCGCAAGUUGAAUCUGGGCGAGAAGCACGGUGAAGGCAAGAAGGAGCGUCUUGCUCGCAGAGCAGCAACUAAGGCUGCGCGCGAGGAGGAGGCGUUGGAAGAGCAUGAGCGUGACGAGGAGAACGAUGAAGAUGAUGAGGUCGAUCAAGUUCGCAGCCGCUCAGAUCUUCCUGAGACACCUUUGCGUAAGAAGGGACAGACCAUCCCGAGCUGGAAGAAGCACAAUGAUAAGAAGAAGAUGAGACAGGCUUUGAAGAGACAAGUUGAUGCUGGCAAUGCGCUUUGA